UUAAUUAUUUUUUUAAAUCAGAAAGUGAACUUUGUUGGAUUUUUUCACUUCAGCAAAGAAAAGAAAAUCAUCAGCUGACUUCAAAGCAAAUAUAAGUCAAAAGUACAUUUGUCUUUCAAGGUGUGGUGGAGUGUAGUUCAAGUGUAGUUAAAAUUAUCAUACUCAAGUUAAGAACGGACACUCUUUACUUCAUAACUUUAUUUAAGCACAGUACUUGAGUAAAUGUACCUCAUUACCGUCCGCCACUGGUAGUGGAUUACAUUAACCUGCCGCACAGGUGUUGCUGGUAUUGUUUCCACACACUGCUGUGUAUUACAUGAGGCCGUGCGCCUUUUCUGUGCGUAUGACGUGAUUGUGCAUGAAACUACAACUAUGAGGGAAGUUAUGAAUCCUUAAAGCUGCAGCACCUUUCACACACACUCAUUCUCCCUCCAGGUAAGGAGGUGGGAGGGGGGGUAGGAGGGAGGGGUCUUUGCUCCUGGUCGAGCCUGACAGUUCCGUACUAUUGGCUGAUAGCGGGGGGACUCUUACCUGUACCUGUGCGAGGGAGUGCCAUUCGUCAUCGUCCGAGUCCAAAUCGGGAUCUACUUUUCCUUCUUCCAGCAGCCCAUAGAGGUAGAAAUCAGCCAGGACGGCCUGAAACUGAACGAGCGACUGCAGCAGGACUCCGAGCAUGGAGCCUAUAACGUCGUGGAGCGAGGAGAGAGUCGGCGAGUGGCUCCAAGGUUUGGAUGCCCCCCUGCAUCAGUACCCGGUGUCAGAGUGGCGUUUGUCGGGUCUGGAUCUGCUCCAGCUGACCUCUCAGGACCUGGACAAGUUGGGAGUACAUAAAAUUGGACACCAGGAGCUCAUACUAGAGGCUGUGGAGAAGCUGUGCUCUCUGACGUAUGGUAUAGGUGGGGAGAACCUACGUGGUCUGACAGAGAAGAUGCGUGCAGUUGCCCACACCCUCCAGAUGGGCAUCCAGGGCCGCUGGCGCCUCAACAGCUACGAUGGACGCAGCGCCACCAAGCUGCCUGUCGGCAUUCUGCAGGUUGUUGUGGAGCUCAUCACCUCUGCCAAAGGACUCUUCUCUCUGCUCAACAGGUAUCAGUUUUCUCAGCUCAGGGGAUACACAGCCAGCAAGAACAUAUUCAGCUACUGCAGAGAGCUGGGAGACAUCGUCCACAAGGAUACCACUGUCUACGAAAAGGAAAAGGACAUCAUAUCUGUGUGCCGUCAGUUGGUGUUAGUUUGCGAUGAGAUCCUGAACUCCAGCCCUGAGACACUUCUUACUCACACUGCUCAGCUCGAGACUGUCGACCUGGUGCCUGUUUCACCUGGUGAUCAGCUGGGGAUUGAGAUAACAUCCACUGGUUCCAGUAACCACUACGUGACCGGGACUGUUGCUGAGCCUUCAACUGAUGCCUAUUUGAAGAUUUUGGCCGGUGAUGAAGUGAUUCAAGUCAAUGACCAGAUAGUGGUGGGCUGGAGCAGAGCUAACCUCGUGAAGAAGCUGCGGGAAAACCCCAACGGAGUGACUCUGGUCCUGAAGAAGAUUCCUGGGUCGGUGCGACGCAGGAGCCAGUACCAGCUGUCCUCCACACAGAAGGAGGAAGAGGAGAAAGAAGAGAGGUCAGAGGAGGACGAGGAGGAAGACGAAGAGAAUCCGAGACACUCCAUAUUUGAGAGAGUAGCAGCUUCUGUCAGGUCCCUGUCUUUUAGGAAAGCCAUCCACGGGCCAGAGGUACAGCAGCAGCCUAUGGGACAGGAGGAAUCAGAGCUGUCCUCUGACAGGGAGCGGGAGGGGAGUCUGACUCUCACUUCAUACCAAAGCCAAGAGGGGAGGCUGUCACCGAGACUUUCAGCCUCAGGAGAGUUUGAGAGUUUGGACAGUUUGAGGCUCUCCCCGGGAAUAAGACGAGACCGCUCUCGUUCACCCAGAAGUCCCUCUCCCUCCGUGGGAUUCGGUUCGUUCAGAAGUCCUUCACCUCUACCGGCGAUCAAUCAGGAAAGAGCCAGCGUAAGUUCCUGCCCUGAAAUGGUGGGACACACGGGCAACAAGGAGACAAAGAAGAGUUCUUCAAAAGGCAUGACGACAGCUCAGAGUCGACGCCGUGUGUCCUGUCGCGAGCUGGGUCGACCAGACUGCGACGGCUGGCUGUGGAAGAAGAGGAAGGAGAACAUCUUCAUGGCCCAGAAGUGGCAGCGCUUCUGGUUCAUCCUCAAGGGACCUUCCCUUUACUGGUACACCAGCCAACAGGAUGAGAAGGCAGAGGGUCUUGUCAAUAUAGCCAGCUAUGACAUAGAGAGUGCUGGAGAGCACAAGAGAAAAUACGUGUUUAAAAUGUGCCACAAGCGAUUUCAGAACUUCUUCUUUGCUGCCGACAACGUCAGUGACAUGAGCAAGUGGAUUAACUCUCUGAUAACAGCCAUACAGAAGCACAAGAAGUUUGACACAGGCGCAGAUACUGAAGAAGAAUGUUACAGUGAGACUGAAUCAGAGAGCGAGAUGUCGCCUUCACCUCGCAGGAGAAACAAGCAAAAAGUGCAGUCCCACACUCUGCCUCGCUCCAAGGGGAAGACGAAGGUGCCAUUAUCCAGUCCUGGGACAGGGGGCAGCAAAGGAACAGAAGGAGGACAAGUGGAUGAAAUGGGCAUGAUGUUAAACAACAUAAAGGAAGGAGGGGUUUCUCUGACAGGCCAGGAGCAGCCGUUUACACACGACCACUUCAGGAAAUCGUUCAUUCGACGCAAUAAGAACCCUGUCAUCAAUGAGAAGGCGCACACGCUGCGGGCCCUGCAGAGCACACUCAAGGCCAAAGAGGUGGAGCUGCUGCAGAUCAACAAGCUCUUAGAGGACUCUGAUAUGACAGCUGUGAAGUAUCGGCAGUGGAAGGAGCAAAAUGAAGAACUAGUUCAAGAAAUUGAGAGACUGGCCGCACUCAAGGCCUCCAAAGCAGCGGACGAUGCUGCAGUGCAGGACACUCCCACUGAAGAGGUUGCCUUGGAAACUGUGGCUAAGGAAACAGCCACCUUAGAGACAGAAGGCGCGUACAGACUGAGCCUCAGCGACGGGGAGCAGCUAGUGGACGCAGGGCCGUCUGACGUUCUCCUGGAGAUCCCACAGGGUUCUCCGAGCACCAGCCCAGUGUUAGAACUGUCUCUGGGAUCGCUGCAGGAUUCGAUAAACAAGCAGCUGAGUGAAAUGGUGGAGAGCGGAGAGCCUGCAGAGAACUACUUCUACAUUUAAGACGCAUCACUGCAAAAUUGCUCUGUUUACUACAAUCAGGCAAAUGAGAGACAUUUGUCAUGCACUGUGUGUGUGGGAGAGAGAGGUGUGUGUUUCACUGUGUCCUCUGCUGACAUUAGGAUUAGUCAAAAUUGCCAUUAAAUCAGCACUUUAAUCAAGUGAAAUGCAUCAGUGCAGAUUUAGAUUCAUUCACCAACACAACAAACACGACAGGUUUACAACAGAGACAAGAACAAUUUGCCAAGUGUCUGAGUUCAGUGUGUAUUUAUGGGAUUCUAAGGCCGUCUUGUUCUUCUAAUGAUAGAAAGUACAACUUUUCUUAGAAUUCAAUUUGUAAUAUAAGUCAUGCCUCUUUUAAUGAGAUAUGUAAAUACAGUUUUACUAUAAAUACUGUAUGUAUUUGUUUAUUGACAUUACCUUAAUAAAAGGUAUACAUUGGAAAUAUUUUGCACAGAAAAUUUGCUUCAGAGACACGUUGUUGGUCAAGGUUUUUCCUUUGAUUAGAUUUUAUCCCUCUUGGCCCUGUAGAGAACACUCUUUACCACAUACGUAUUUAUAGACGUAUGCAUAUGAACCCUAUAGUGGAGCUGUAUGACAGUUCUGGCUCUGCGUUACUUAUUGCUCAAGGCUGCCAUGAAUGCAUGGAGACAAGUGGAGACUCCCCCGAGUGCUGAGAUUUCAGAGGUGGCUCUGCACAUUUUCAUUGUAAUAUUGAUAGGCUCAAUAAAAAAGGGAGCAUGAUGAUCAUUGAA